CGCACGAUUGGAUUAACAUUAAUUCUACACAGCCUCGAUGGAAUCGCAUUCGCCGCAUCGAAAACGGCUAGAAUGAAGGGAGGACUAAUGAGCCAAUCACAGCUCUGAUCAACAGCCGGGAGUCCGCCUCGUGUCUUUCAACACCAAAAGUCAACCUUGCUCUUCAUCCAUCACAAUGAAAACAUGGCGGUGGCUCUGCUCACACCACCAGCAUCCACCACAUCCAUAAACCGCUAUAAAUGCCCACUGAGAUCCAUCACUAACCCUCCAAAUCCACUAACCCAGCCAGCAAGGCAUCCCAAUCUCAAACGCUGCCAGCAACCAUGACCUCCAACUUCGACGACAAAUCGCACUCCCCCUCCCCCAUCGACCUCGCCCUCAUCCCCCCCACCGAGAAAGCCGAGCUCCACUCCUCCGCUGUCUCCAUCACCUCCGCUUCGACCGCUCUCACAACCUCCUCUCCCUCCACCUUCAUCCCCGCCUCCUCCCUCCAUAUCUCCACCCGCGGCAUCCCCAUCCUCCGCCUCCCGCUCCCCCCCUCCUCCCUCACCACCACCAUCCACCGCCCCGACGGCUCCCUCGCCUACACCUCCACCCGCCGCUCCGGCUCCUGCGUCCUCGCCGACGCCACCUCCACCCCCCUCAUCACAACAACCUACUUCUUCGGGCCCGGGCGCGAUCCCGUCCUCACCCUCCUCGCACCGGGCCGCGACCCCGCCGAACCCGCCACAAGCACCAUAACAACGACCUCGAAGUGGACGUCCCGCGCGCAGACAUUUGCGACGGGCGACGGGCCGACGUGGGAAUGGGCGUAUGUGCGCGAGCGCGUACCAGCUCCCGACGACGGUACCAACGACGCUGCUCGGAGGAAGAAGGGCGGCAAGGUUGUGAUUCUGGCGCUUUACCGUACGGAUGAUGGGGCGAGGGGGCUGGGGGGGACGCGGGUGGGGCAGCUGCUGCGGACGGACGAAACGCGGGCGGCGGGGAGCUCGCGGACGAGCGCGGGGAAUGGAGGGGAGUUGCAGCUGGCGGCGGGUGGUGUGGAGGGGGAUUUGGACGAGGCCGGGGUGGUGGCGAGUUGUUUGGUGAUGUUGAAGAAGGAGGUUGAUCGGAGGCGGACGGUGCAGAUGAUGGUUAUCGCGGGGGGUGGGGGCAGUUGAUGGCUGGGAAAUUUUGAAGGGGUAAGUGAGUAGGUGCUUCGGGUAGUGGUAUUUCUCUUAGAUCUUCGAUCAUUCAUUGUUAGUUAUAUUUCAAUUCAAUAUUUUUCCUUGUUUGAGAGGCGUUUUGAAGUCGAGUGUUUCAAUAAGUCUAUGCUCCAGUCAAAGCGGAGUGUUGCCACUAUUCUGCUUUCUAU